AACCACCACAAACCACCACCUCCAACUCCUCCGCCACUAGCCCUCGGCGGACUAAGCUCGAAUCAUCAGCUGUUUUCAGCAACUAAAUUUUCAUAAUUACUACGAAAUAAUCUACUCUAUAAAACCAUAAAAUCAUGAUUCACUUUGUGCUUCUAAUUAGCCGACAAGGAAAAGUGAGGUUGACAAAGUGGUAUUCACCUUAUCCCCAGAAGGAAAGAACUAAGGUUAUCCGGGAGCUUAGUGGUUUAAUUCUCACUCGAGGUCCCAAGCUUUGUAACUUUGUGGAAUGGAGGGGAUUCAAGGUCGUUUAUAGAAGAUAUGCCAGCCUUUAUUUCUGCAUGUGCAUCAACCAGGAUGACAAUGAAUUGGAAAUCCUUGAAAUCAUUCACCAUUAUGUUGAGAUUCUAGAUCGUUAUUUUGGAAGUGUUUGUGAGCUAGAUUUGAUCUUCAACUUCCACAAGGCUUAUUACAUUUUGGAUGAACUACUGAUUGCUGGUGAGCUUCAAGAAUCUAGCAAGAAAACUGUAGCACGUCAUAUAGCUGCACAGGAUUCUUUGGUGGAGACUGCCAAAGAACAGGCAAGUUCUUUGAGUAACAUAAUCGCUGAGGCAACAAAAUGAGAGCCUCAUAGACAUGUGAGCGUUUAGAGGCUCAAAUUCAGCAUCUUGUAUGAUCUCUGGCACUCACUGGCUUGGCAGUUUUACUGGUCUGCAA